UUUCAGUGCUACAACACUACAAGUCUACAACUUGUCACCUUAAUUUGUCCUCUAUAUAAGCUCCACGGUCCCCCAAUACUCUCCCUUUCAUCUCAAAGCUUUAAUUAAUUACCGACUUUGCGAUAGACCCCUUAAUUUGGAUCCUGCAAGGUGUCCACACGGUAAGUUUUUCAACCUCGCCCUUCACUUUUAAGGCUACCGUCCAUGGCUGCCGGAGUUUCAGGCAUUGCUACCUCCCGAACGUUUUGUCUCCAGCCCAACACGUUUCUAGGCCCAAAACCCGCCUCAACUGCCCCGCCAGUUCUGUUCUUCUCUCCGUUAACUCGCAAUUUUGGCACAAUUUUGCGGUCUCAAGAAAAGCCCAGGUUGAAGGUUUGUUUUGUGCUGGCUGAGGAUGGGAAAUUGGAUGCUAGGAAAACUGAGAUUGAAACAAUAAAGGAUGAGAUAGAAGCAGAGAUUAAUGAAGAGAAGAGUUUAGCUGCCAGGCUGGCGGAAAAAUUGGCGAGGAAAAAAUCGGAGAGGUUUACUUAUCUUGUGGCUGCUGUAAUGUCUAGUUUGGGAAUUACUUCUAUGGCUGUAUUGGCUGUUUAUUACAGAUUUUCAUGGCAAAUGGAGGGCGGAGAAGUGCCUUUUUCUGAAAUGUUUGGUACAUUCGCUCUCUCGUUUGGCGCUGCCGUAGGAAUGGAGUACUGGGCGAGAUGGGCUCAUAGAGCGCUGUGGCAUGCUUCUUUAUGGCACAUGCACGAGUCACACCAUAGACCAAGAGAAGGACCAUUCGAGUUGAACGAUGUUUUUGCAAUAACUAACGCUGUUCCAGCUAUAGCUCUUCUUUCAUACGGUUUCUUCCACAAAGGUCUCAUCCCUGGACUCUGUUUCGGCGCGGGGCUAGGGAUUACAGUAUUUGGGAUGGCCUACAUGUUCGUUCACGAUGGACUGGUUCACAAGAGAUUCCCCGUGGGGCCCAUUGCCAACGUACCUUAUUUUCGGAGGGUAGCUGCAGCACAUCAGCUUCAUCACUCGGAGCAAUUUGAUGGUGUCCCAUAUGGCUUGUUCCUAGGACCUAAGGAAUUGGAAGAAGUAGGAGGACUUGAGGAGUUGGAAAAGGAAGUCAACCGAAGAAUUAAAAUUUCUAAGGGAUUAUGAUCAACAUAUACUUUAUUGAUGACAUGUACCUGUAAUUAGGCUCUAGCUAAUUAAUUAAAAAAAAAAGAUAAAUAUAUUUAUAAUACAAAAAGCUCUAUAUGGAAA